GGGCCCACCCUUUCCUCCACUUGCACUCCCGACGAAAGCUGGCUCUAAUGCCGACCCGGAGCAAUGCCGAUGACGGAUGGACAUUAUUAACCUGCCCCUUGAUUUGACUUGUUCGAUUGUUCUUGUUCAUCCGAGCUCGGGUGACAUUUUCGUAUCACGCUUCAUUUACCAAGCGCAGUAGAUUGUGUUUCUAUUUCAUUUUGUCUUUUUAUUUGCGUUCAAAAUGUUUCGCCACGGAAUCCGUAGGUUUACAACAAGCUCGAUACGGGCGGCAGUUGCAGCGGCCGCCGAGCCGACACAGCAUACCAUCAAUGUGUCGAGGGCACAAGGCGUAGCAAAGGGCUUGACAGGAGCCAUCGGCAACACCCCCCUGAUCAGGCUAAACAAGCUGUCCGAAGAGACCGGCUGUGAGAUCCUGGGCAAGGCCGAGUUUAUGAACCCUGGAGGUUCGGUAAAGGACCGUGCGGCUCUGUACGUGGUCAAGGAUGCCGAGGAGCGCGGCCUGCUGCGGCCCGGAGGCACCGUGGUCGAGGGCACGGCCGGUAACACUGGCAUCGGGCUGGCGCACGUGUGCCGCUCCAAGGGCUACAAGCUCGUCAUCUACAUGCCCAACACGCAGUCGCAGGGCAAGAUCGACCUGCUCCGCCUGCUGGGCGCCGAGGUCUACCCGGUUCCCGCCGUGGCCUUUGACAACCCGCAAAACUACAACCACCAGGCCCGCCGCCACGCCGAGCGCCUCGACAACGCCGUCUGGACCAACCAGUUCGACAACACGGCCAAUCGCCGGGCCCACAUCGAGACCACCGGCCCGGAAAUCUGGGCCCAGACCGACGGCAAGGUCGACGCAUUCACCUGCGCCACGGGCACCGCCGGGACACUGGCCGGUGUUACGCGGUUCCUCAAGGAUGCGAGCGGCGGCCGCGUCAAGUCCUUUCUGGCCGACCCGCCGGGAUCCGUGCUGCACAGCUACAUUGUGAGCGGCGGCAAGCUCAUCGAGCGGACCGGAUCGAGCAUCACCGAGGGCAUCGGCCAGGGGCGCAUCACCGACAACCUGCAGCCGGACCUGGCGCUGCUCGACGGCGCGCUGCACAUUAGCGAUGAGAAGAGCAUAGAGAUGGUCUACCGCUGCCUCGACGAGGAGGGCCUGUACCUGGGCGCGUCGUCGUCGCUCAACGUCGUCGCCGCCAAGGAGGUCGCCGAGAAGCUGGGCAAGGGCCACACCGUCGUCACCAUGUUGUGCGACGGAGCCUACAGGUACGCCGACCGCCUGUUUUCGAGAAAGUGGCUGGAGGACAAGAAGCUGCUCUCGGCGAUACCAAAGCACUUGGAGAAGUACAUUGUUCUGCCUUGAUUAUAUACAUAUUCUUUUCGUUCUCAAAUGGCUGUCGCGAGAAGGCUCUUCUUCCCUUUGCAACAAGACUUUUUACUAUCAAGCGUUGUAUAUGUAGCACGUACUUUUUAUCAAGCACUAUGAGACAAACAAAAAAGAAAGCGCCAAAAGUCUAAUGCCCGUUUUUUUCUUCUUCCAUGUGACACAGACAAAAA